CUGGCUCUACUAUAAAAGGGUUGAGCUGCGCGGCUCCUCUCACUAGGGGCCUGAAGAGCGGGGGGACCAUGAACUUCAGCAUCCAGCAGUUGGUAAGUGGAGAGAGAGUUGAAAGGACGAAAUUGGAAUGUGGACAUGGAGUUCCUGAUCCCGGAGGGGGGCUUCGCAGCUGGAGGCUGGGGCCCCAGGAGGCCGAGACCCGGGAGAGGCAGAAACUGGACGAGGAAAAGAGGAGGAGACUUGAAAGAUUUAACAGUUCCAGAACUAACUUGGAAAACCUGGCUGAUUUGGAAAAGUUGGUUCAAAGACGGAAAGAAAAGCGACUGAAACGCAGGGUCCCCCCCAAGGCACCCCAGCCUGAGGUCAAGCCGCAGCCACAGGCCCAGCAGGAACCCGUGGGCCUGGAGGUGUUCCUGAAGGCAGCUGCCGAGAACCAGGAGGCCCUGAUUGACAAGUACCUGGCGGACGGAGGGGACCCCAAUGCCCAUGACAAGCUGCACCGCACGGCCUUGCACUGGGCCUGUCUGAAGGGUCACUGUGAGCUUGUGAACAAGCUGCUGGAGGCAGGUGCGGCCGUGGACACUCGGGACUUGCUGGACAGGACCCCAGUGUUCUGGGCCUGCCGCAGAGGGCACCUGGACAUCCUCAAACAGCUGCUUAACCGGGGCGCCCAGGUCAACGCCCGAGACAAGAUCUGGAGUACACCCCUGCACGUGGCUGUGCGCACGGGACACUGUGACUGCCUGGAGCACCUCAUCGCUUGCGGGGCCCGCAUCGACGCGCAGGACAAGGAAGGCGACACGGCUCUGCACGAGGCAGUACGGCAUGGGCGCUACAGAGCAAUGAAGCUGCUGCUGCUCUACGGGGCUGCGCUGGGCGUGCGCAAUGCGGCUUCGGUGACCCCAGUGCAGCUGGCCCGGGACUGGCAGAGGGGCAUUCAGGAAGCACUGCAGGCCCACGUCAGGCAUACCCGGACCCGGUGCUGACGACCUGCGGGGCCGCUCAGUCUCAUUCCAGCCCCCUCACCCCCGCCCUCCCCGUGGUCCUUCCUUGGUACACCCUCCCACCCCGGCCUGACCCCUCGUCUCCAGGCAGCCCUGUCAGACAGGGCCACUCCGAGAGGGGGACAGGUAGGAAAGCCUUCGGACCUCCAGUCUGGGGCUGAGCUGUGCCCAGCAGGGCACUGGCUGGGGGCCAAGGCAGAGGACCCGGGUAUGCAGGGCAGGGAACUGGGUCCAGACAAGGGGCAGCAGGGGGUCGGCGCCAGGAUGGAACGGGAAGGGAGCGAGCCUCAGGCUUCUGGGGCCGGUGCAGGAUGCAGCUCCUGUGUCCACUGGGCCUGCGGCCCGGAGACGACCAGGCUCAGCCUUCCACGAGGGCCCGCCUGCCGUCAGGGGUGACAUGAUGCGUGGCCAGCGCCAUCCGGGCCACACAGGUGCCCUUGGGCACAGGUUUCUCCAGGGGCCUCAGUUCCUAUCAGCAGCAACCCUGAUAGCGUCCGGAGUGGCUCCAGACGCUUCAGCCUUGAGGCUCUGAGCUGGGUCUGCUGUCUGGACGGGGCUGCUCAGCGGGUCUGAGCCCCCCAGCACAGAAGGCCAGCCCCAGCCCGGUUGCCUCAGCAGCCCCAGGGCUGACGAGCUGGAGCUAACGUUAACCCCAGGGAAGCCUUGUGCUCUCGGUCAGGCCCGCCUGCCGCACUUGUCCGCCAGGUGGCAACUCCUUGCAGAGGAAGCGCCCGGGUGCUGGGGGUUGCUUGUGGCCCACUCAGCUUCUGGGGCGGUGGCCCGUGACCCUGCUCUGCCCUGGGCGUGGACGCCGCCUGGCCCGAGCGCGGCACCAUGGCCUGGCCCCUGUGGCCACGCCGCUUCGCCCUCCUUCAAGGCAGGACGUGGAGGGCUCUGAGCUCAUCUGCUCCUUCUCCUUCUCCCCUGACGAGGUGGCCUAAGGCCCAGCCUGCACACACUCCCCAAGCUUCCUCUUAGCACCCUUCCCAGGCCACGCCGUGCACAUGCAGACUUGUGCCUGUGCCUCUGGCGGGGCUGGGUCCUGUAACGCCAGAAGCCAGAAAGCAAGCCUUUGAGAACAACUUUGCCCCAAAUGGAGAACCACAGGCAGAGUGGCGGGCUCCUGGACGGAGGUCAGCCUCCCUCACAUAAGGAACCUGGGCUGACAGCCGCUCUGCAGCAGUUAUUUUUCGUCUCAAUGGCCGGCCACCUUCUCAGGCCGAAGACAAGGCAAUUUCUACUCAGUGAAAAAGCUGGCGAGAGCUCCGAAGGACGGCCGCAUGCCUUCCCCUCACACGGGCAGCUCCUGCCCUGUCGUGACAGAGCCCCCCGUUCACCCAGACAUGGGGGCCAUGGGUGAACAGGUGGUCAAGUCCACGGAGAAGACAACUUCCCAUCUAGAAAAUGGGGACACUUAAGUGACAGACAGAAAUACCUUUUUAUACGCAUCACUAUUUUUUGUUCAUUAAAACUGGUUGAUUAUCCA